AUGACAGCACAUGUUGGCGACUUUGGCAUUGCGAAGAUGCUAGUUGGUCACAAAUCUUCAACUCUUACAAGCACCCUUGGAACCACCAGAUACAUUGUGCCAGAAUUCGGGGCCGCUGGAAAGGUGUCGACCAAAGCAGAUGUCUACAGCUAUGGGAUUCUUCUGCUUGAGAUCAUGUUGCAGAAGGCCAUCUUCUGGAGCAAAAUGACUGAAACUCUUCGAAAUGAAAUGCUUGUCAUGAUCAUGGAGACAGGGUUGUCCUGUUCAAGGAAAUCACCAACUGAGAGAGUGGACAUGAAGGAGGUGGUCGCCAGGCUUAAAAUGAUACCAUGGAAGGCUUCCCCUGUGGAAGAAUGA